AUGGAUCCAUCAUAUCCCAUUCCAGCAGGGUUGCACAAAAUACCCGACCAUCUACUCGAUCUUCGACCCGAUGAGGAAGUCGAUCAAGAUCUUCUCAACCCCAAAACAGUCACCAAUGAGAAAAAUAUAUGGUUCUUCUGGCACAGCGGCUACAAGAACAUGCAUCCAUACACACAACGCAAUGUGCGUGCGUGGCACCGACGUUUGUCAAAAAAUGGCUGGAUAGUGCGUGUCCUUGACCGACAGCCUUCAUCGCCACUCAACGUUGCCAAUUUUCUGGACAUUUCGGAUCCGGGGACUUUUCCUCGCGCGUUUGUGGAUGGUACGAUUGGUGGGGAUUAUGCGCCUCAACAUACCUCUGAUCUCGUGCGAUGGCCGCUGCUACUCAAAUACGGCGGCGUUUAUGCGGAUGUAGGGUUGAUCCAAAUCGGAGAUUUGAAUCGUCUCUGGGACGAGACUAUCGGCAACCCCGAGUCGCAGUUUGAGGUCGUUUCGUAUAAUGCUGGAGGUGUGGCCGAUCGUAGUUUGACAAAUUACUUUCUUGCUUCCAAUCGGAAUAACCCGCUAUUUGCAAGGUGUCAUCGGCUUCUUCUUGAGUUAUGGGCCGCGGAUGGCGGGAAGACGAGUACAGAGGGGAUGCACAGUAGUCCGUUGUUGAAAGAGGUGCCAUUGAUGCGCAUUGGUUCUACUAUCAUCGAAGAUGAUAAGGUCAUCGGUCCGGAGGACGUUAGUCGUUUGUUGACGGAUUAUAUCAUUCAAGGGCAGGUGUUGACUAUGGUGAUGGGACUUAUCGACGAGGAGGAUGGAUGGAAUGGACCUCAAUAUGUGGCAGAUCAUGUCUACGGAAUUGAAUUUAUGGAGGGUUCUCAGCUGAUAAACGAAUUCACAAACUGGGAUGGUCAAAAGGCAUUCGAUUUGAUGUCACUCUCACUUCCGAAACCCGGUGAGCCCGAAAGUGCGCAACAAAAGGAAGCCAGAGAGGUUGUAGAAGGCUGUCUACAGAGAAGUUUUGGAUUCAAACUAGCCCAUGGAUUAAUCUUGCGAGUGUUCAAGUCUACGCUGGGAUCUCUAUGGCGAGCGAAUCCUGGCUCAGACGAUGUUCCUGGAACAUAUGCACAUUGGUUCCGACAUGCGACGACAUAUUGGAAUCAGGAUCAUAUUCCGCCAACAUUGGAAUUUAAGGUUAUUCCAGCCUUUAAAAAUGGUCCAUUGUUAAGAGCGUCAUAG